AACAAGAAAGAAGAAGACUGCCCGUAGCAUAGCUACUCUGUAACCAUACAGUAAUAAAUAACUGCCAUGGAAGUGCUACAGUUACAAGUUACUGGCCAUCAAAUGUGGAGGUUAAACAAAGUUCGCCACAAAGCUGGUCGACAGGGUGGCAGCUCGGAGGAGCUCAGGCUGAAGAGGCGAGAGAACGAGAGAGCACUGAGACAGGCACGCAGAGACAGACAGCUGGUGAGCAAGAGACUACUGCUAAAUGAAGAUGAGGAGCAGCCAGAAGUCAGCAUGGACACAGCCCCAGGACAGCAUAAUGUUGUUAGUCUGCUCUACAAACUUCAACACAACAGGCCAGAGAAGGACGCCCACCUAAAAGCCUUGAGUAAAGUUCUGCGCGACCCGUCAUCACAGCUCAUCUUUAUCAAGCACGAGAACAGUAUGCAUCUGCUGGUCGGCCUCCUCACUGGCUCUGACACUCAGUGCCGCCUGCAGGCUGUUCGGUGUCUUCAUGAGCUGUCGCACUCUCCCCACACUAACGUGGCACCAGCCUGUCUUCCUGCUACCCCUUACCUGCUUACUUACCUGUCUGGCCCAAGCACCAAGUUUACAGAGCUGUGUCUUUACACACUAGGUAACCUGUGCUCAGACAGUGAUGUCAUAAGAGAGAACCUCCUGGCCCAGGGAAUCAUACCGGCUCUGGCCAGCUGUAUGGAGAACCAGCGACACAACCUUGCAGUAGUGGAAGCUGCAGCAUUCACUCUCUCUCAGCUUCUCCAGACCACAGAUGCAGCCGAGAAGAUAAUCCCGAUGGUCCUGAAGUCUAGCUUACCUUCACACUUGUUAUCUGUCCUCACCUCUGACCCACAGUUCGGCCUGGCUCCUGCCAUAGAGUGUGCGUGGUGUCUUCAUUACCUCAUAUGCAGCACCGAAGAUAACAAAGAGCUGCUGGCUCAGCAUGCUUUGUCACAGUGCAGCUCCCUGUUAGUGUCACUAGGUGGUGCUAUGACUGAGGGAAACACAGAAGAAGGACUUGAGCUGCUCGUCUGGCCUCUGUUGAGGUGCGUGGGAAACCUCUCGUCCUCCUGCCCUGUGGAAGACCUGCAUGCUCACCUGAGUGAUGUUCAUCUGGUGGUUUCUCUGUGUGCGCUUGCUCAAGCCUACCUGCACUCCCAGCCAGCCUUGGCCAGAGAGACGGUCUGGGUCCUCAACAACCUCACAGCUCACUCCACUGAAUUCUGCUCUGCCCUCUUGACUCUAAACUUGGUCCCAGGACUGAUCCAACUUCUGCCAUUCUCUCAAGGCAUUAAUACUAUGAUUCUCAGGAUUCUGGCUAAUAUUGCCCACAAGAAAAAGUUCUGUGUCCAGCUAGUGCAGCUUGGAUUACUGCCCGCGCUCUGUGCCACGCUUAAAAUGGCUGACCAGGAAAUGGUCGUUCUAAGUCUGGACGUCCUGUUCAUGAUGAUAGUCAACAGUCCAAUGGUGGCAGAGGAGUUUGUGAGGCUGGGUGGCCUUUCACUGUUAGAAGCCAUUCAGUACAAUGGUGCAGCAGAGAUGAGACAAAGGUCCACAUACCUCCUGGAGAAGCACUUCCUGUCCUACCAGCAGCAUUUGAGGGUGGACAAUAUUCAAGAUCCCUGAAUCAACAAAAAGACUUGUGUUAGGAGGGCACACCUGAGGAUAGAGAGUAGCGUGUUUACAUUUUGUUACUGUAGAUACUGUAGUGACGCUGCAAGACGCUUUUGUAUUUGAAGGAAUGUAUAUUUUUACCAAAAUAUUUUUAUUUAUUGUCAUUUUUUCACUUUGGAAAUACAAUCAUGUACCAGUCUAAAAAGGCUUCUUUUAUAAUCAUAACAUGUGAGUAAUUUAGAACUAUUAGCCCCCUUUGGGACUAAUACUAAUGAAAAAAGAGAAAAAUGAAAAGCUAAGUAAAAAAGUUAAGUAAACCCCCCACCCCCAAAAAAAACCACACACAGCUUCUCAAAACAACAGGGGUGAUUAAACAUUUUCAAACAGAUUUAAAUACAAUUGUACAUGUCUGUCCAGAAUAAAGUACUGCAGGUUCCAGCAAAUCAAUAGUCUAACAAGCCCUCUGACACAUCUAAGUUCUUUAUAAAGUUUAUGAAAGCACCCCAGAUUUUCUCAAAAAGAUGUUGUUUGGAUUUCCUAAUCUAUACUAUUGUUUCCAGUGGCAAAUUAGACGACAUCAGCAUUAACAACUGAAUGGCGCUGGGUGUGUUGACAUUCUUCCAAGCCAAAGCAAUACAUUUUUUUUCAGGGUGUAAAGCUAAUAGGAACAAUUUAGGAUCCAGUGAAAUGUGCUUUGAGAGAAUUUAUUCAACUGUAUCUCUCAUCUCCUUCCAAAAUAAAUGGAUUUGUCUACAUUCCCACAUGCAGUGUAUUAAAGUCCCUGGAAUGUUAUUAUUGAAUUAUUUAAAUGCACAGGCAUAA